GAAAUCGUCCCAGAUUUCAAAGGGUUAAAUUCUGACUCUGACUCUGAGAAACUGAUCGUUUCUUCUCUGUCACGAAUGCAGGAAUGCUUUAAUUCUCCGUACGGGACCGGCUACUUCCCUCAGUACGCAGAGCGGAUCCCCGGAGAGUCGACCCGGCUGCUGUCAGAGGCGGCCGCGGAGAGCAGGGUGUACCUGGUGGGAGGAUCCAUCCCUGAAGAGGACGGAGGGAAGCUGUACAACAGCUGCACGGUGUUCGGACCCGACGGAGAGCUGAUCCUGAAACACAGGAAGAUUCACCUCUUUGACAUCGACGUUCCAGGAAAAAUCCGCUUCCAGGAGUCUGAGACUUUGACCCCGGGCCACAGUUUGUCAAUGUUUGAAACACCGUUCUGUAAAGUGGGCGUGGGGAUUUGCUACGACAUGAGGUUUGCAGAGCUCGCGCAGCUCUACGGCAGGAAAGGCUGUCAGCUGCUGGUUUACCCCGGAGCCUUCAACAUGACGACCGGUCCGGCUCACUGGGAGCUGCUGCAGAGGGGGAGGUCAGACGGAGACACUGUCCAAAAUCCCUUCAGUCAAUUUAGUGAAGACACAUUUUACUUUUCAAAAAUAUUUAUUACAGAGGGAACGAAAUAUCUUAAAGGGGUUAAUUCAGGUCACCAAUGCAGCGUUUCGCUCUUAAAACGUAAGAAACAUAAACUCUUAACUGGGAUUCAGUUCACUCAAAUUAAUCUCAAAU